AUGGACAUGAUUGGUCAGGUGAAUCCUCCUACUAGCAAGGGCCACAAGUGGAUUCUGGUUGCCACGGAUUACUUUACCAAGUGGGUAGAGGCUGUGCCUAUGAAAAAUGUCACGGCCAAGGACGUGGUGAAUUUCAUAAAAGAACAUAUUGUAUAUCAUUUCGGUAUACCGCAGACUAUCACCACAGAUCAGGGCUCUGUCUUUUUGGCUGAGGAAUUCAAAAAUUUUGCCAAAGAGAUGGGCAUCACUCUGAUACAGUCGUCACCAUACUAUGCCCAAGCCAAUGGUCAAGCAGAAGCAUCAAACAAGACUCUCAUCAAGUUGAUCAAGCGCAAGAUAGCUGAAUAUCCCAAACAAUGGCAUGAUCGGCUUGCUGAAGCAAUUCGACCGGAGAUACAGAGAGAGCUCAGGUCAGAGGUUGCUGCAGUGCAAAGACGACAGAUCGAGGCGCGCGCCAUGGCUCCACCUCCACCUGUCCGGCGGUAG